AUGGAGCCGAGCACGGAAAAGAGAAAUGAAAUGCCGUCGUGGAUGGACAACAAAUUCAUCGAAGAGGCUUUCCUCAAAGCGGGCAACGAAGUGGACUCGGAUACUGCACGCAUCGAGUACGCGUGCAAGUACGGAGGCGGCUUAAUGAGCGAGACUUUCCGCCUGCGGGCGAAGCUUCGAGGGCAGAGUGCCGGAGAACCGUCGCUGGUGGUGAAGAGCGCGCUGCGGUCGGAGGGCGCGCUGAAGGACCUGGGCAGCUCGGACGUGUUCUCGCGGGAGCGCGCCGUCUACUGCGACGUGCUUCCCGCGCUGGCGGCCGAGGGGGGCGGCGGGGGCGGCGCGUGGGCGGCGGUGGCGCCCGCGUGCUACGGCAGCGGCGCGCCGCCCGGGCCCGACUACCUGCUGCUGGAGGACCUGUCGGCGGCCGGCUUCUGGGAGCCGCACGCGGCGCCGCUGGACCGCGCGCAGUGCGCCGCCGCGCUGGCCGCAGCCGCCCGCCUGCACGCCGCCAGCGUGCCGCAGCUGCGGCGGCCCCCGCUCGACGGCCCGCUCUUCCGGCAGUCGCUCACCUUCGCCGACGAGAACGCCGCCGCCGUCGGCGGCCUGGUGCAGUCGUCUCUGCUGCGCAUGGGGGAGGUGCUCGCGGAAUACCCGUGGUUUCACCCGUACGACCAACGCUUCCAGAAGCUAGCGCGCGAACUGUACCCGAGAGCGGCGCGGGCAGUCAAGGAAUGCUCCGGUGGUCUGCGCGUCCUGCUGCACGGAGACCUCAAGAGGAACAACAUCAUGUUCCGCACCGCAGCGGGAGAGCUCCAAGUCCGUCUCUAUGACUUCCAGUGCGCGCACGUGGGCUGCCCCGCCGAGGACGUGGUGUACCUGUUGUACAGCAGCGCCAGCCUGGAGGUGCUGCAGCACCACGUGGACGAGCUGGUGGCCGGCUACCACGCCAGUCUGCAGGCAGCGCUGCGGGCCCUGGGGCUGCACCACGCGGCCGACGACUACCCCCUGCACCAGCUCACCAGCGACAUGGAGCACAUGGCCCCGGUGAAGCUGUUCUGCACCUUCCAGAGCAUGCCCUUGCUCAUCAGCCAGCACUGCAUAGACUUCGACCCCAACGUUGCGCUCGCAGAUAACGACGACGAAAACGUGAAGAGAUUCAUUCGCCAGUGUAUCACUAAUCCGACUUUCUUAAGCACUGUGCAGUACCUGAUACCUGUUUUUGAGGAAAGAGGUUGGAUAUAGACUGCUUUGUAAUGGCCAUUGCCUGCUGCUGAUGCGAGUGGUAAAUAAACGUUAAGAAAAAAAAAAGAGGAUGCCCUACUAAGGAAUUACUCUAAUGGGGGUGAAAUCGGUAGAUGUGGUGUGCUGUACAGGAAAACAAAUUAUUAAAACUUCAGUAAAAUUGGCUGAUUUAUUAAUUGUAUGAUUUAUUCAAGAGAAAAAGCUUCACAAAUUGAGUAAGCCAAUAAUGUGUUGGCCCACCUUUGGCCUUAUACGAGCAAUUAUUUGGCUUGGCAUUGAUUGACUGAGUUGCUGGAUGUCCUGCUAAGGGAUACCGUGCCAAAUUCUGUCCGACUGGCGCGUUAGACUGUCAAAGUCCCGAGUUGGUUGGAGGGCCAUGACCAUAAUGAUCCAAACUUUCUCAACUGGGAAGAGAUCUGGUGAUCUUGCUGGCGAAGGUAGGGUUUAGCAGGCACAAAUACAAGCAGUAGUAACUCUUGUCGUGUGCGGUUGGGCAUUAUCUUGCUGAAAUGUAAGACCAAGAUGGCUUACAAUGACGGGCAACAAAACAGGUCAUAGAGAGUCAGGUUGGUUUCAAACGACUCUCCGCAGCCUCUCCGGACACGUCUUCACUGGUCAUCUUGGCUCACUUCGAAGGGAGACUCAUCACUGAAGACAA